CCGGACAUCCUGCUCCUCAUCGCCGACGACGUCGGCUUCAACGGCGUCGGCUACCAAAGCGACUACACGAACGUGUCGAGCGGGUUCCUGACGCCGCGCCUCGACGCGUUGGCCGCCGAGUCCCUCAAGCUCUCGAGCUUCUACGUGCUGCCGCUCUGCGCGCCGACGCGCGCGGCGCUGCUCACGGGCCGCUACCCGACGCGCUACGGGCUCUCCGCGUUCAACGCGGACUGGGGCAAGCCCUGGGGCCUGCCGGCGAACGAGACGCUCCUGCCCGAACUGCUCAAAGCCGCGAACUACACGACGGGCUUGCUCGGCAAG